GGUUACUUCAAUGAAUCCACCCGAAAACGGUACUUAUCAUUUUGUUGUCUUGCAGGCACCAUCCGCAAAUCUACCAUGCCUCAGAACUUGAUUGAAUUAGUUGAUUGUUCCUGAUACAAGAUGCCGCCGCCUUCCGGACGCUGGAAACUCCUGCCGAUCUUGCUCGGCCUUCUCUUCAAUCAUGAUACUGAUCCUAUAAAGCGCACUUCUUAGGCUCAGCGAGAGACCCCCUCACGGCAACCACAGACACACCGCUCCACUCACCACAUUCAUGAUAAAUGACUGGUCCGAAUCUCCACCUUGAUGACACUCUCGGAUGUCUUCUUGUUGGCGUAUUGCUCUCAGCUGUGCUAUAUGGUUGUGUCUGCUCUCAAGGCAUCUUCUAUCUCUGGAACUACAACAAGGACAAGAUUCCCAUAAAAUGUUUCAGUAUCUGGUAUUAUUUUGUGCAAAAUCGCGGAGAUGUUAUCGAGCUCAUGAGCCUUGUUCCCUUCUUCAUAGUCAACAUCUGGCGACGUAAGAGUUCGCUUAUAUGGUAUGGUAGUGGUCACAAACUUUGGCAUAGUCAUGAACGACACGUGGGCUCGAAUCCCAUUGACAAUGGCUGCGGUUACUCUCUGUCUUGCAUCAUUCCGUGGAACAUGCACUACAUAGUAGAGUUGGAGACAGAAGUCAAGGUAUUCGUCUACACACAGCGUGCUAAGCCCCUUGCUUCCCUCUUCAUUCAGGUCAUCACUUUUGUGUGCAUGUCAAGCACACUCGCUAUGGAUACGCUUAUCUCAUUGUUCGUCCUUGUGACGUAUUUAAAAGGUGUGCAGGACAAUCGUUUGGUAGUCAUGGUGUUGUACAUGCCCCUGGGGGAUGUCUAUAUCAACACCUCACUCGCUAUAUUGAAUGCACGCAACCACGUCACAGCGAGCAGCUAUGCUUUAUCUGAGAUCGGCUGCUCAAUCGAGAUGUCGACAGAAGAAGAUCAGGGUGCCGCGUUCGUCUUUCGCAGAGGUUCUGAGCAGUUCCCUGAAGAUCCUAGGACGAAUAUCAGAUAG